CCCCCCCCCCCCCCCCCCCCCUCCCAUAUUCAUAACGACUCGGCCACUUGGCAUCGCUGCCUCUCCCGGUCCUUGUGUGUGCGGUAAUUCGGCAUCAUGUCUGAUCUCUAUCUCUCCCGCAUCCGUAACUGGUUCCUCAGUUCGCCCCCGGCAGAAUGGGCUAUCAGGGGACUCCGCGAGACCCUUAUCGGCGCCUUGAAGCAGGGUCCCGUCCCUCGCCAUGUGGCUUUUGUUAUGGACGGUAAUCGGAGAUAUGCCCGGAGCCACAAGAUCGAGACUAUCGAGGGCCACCAUCUCGGCUUCGAGGCUCUUGCGAGGGUCCUCGAGAUAUGCUACAAGUGCGGUGUCGAGGUGGUGACAGUGUAUGCAUUCAGCAUCGAGAACUUCAACCGCCCAAAAUACGAGGUCGAUGGCCUGAUGCAGCUUGCCAAGGUCAAGCUGGAGCAACUGAUUCAACACGGCGAACUGCUCGAGCGAUACGGCGCCAGUGUUCGCGUGCUGGGUGAGCGUGAUCUUCUGAGCGAUGAUGUGCUCGAGGUGAUUGACCGAGCUGUUUCUACAACCAAGAACAACAAAAAGUGCAUCUUGAAUAUUUGCUUCCCAUACACGUCGCGAGAGGAAAUGACGACCGCCAUCCGUUCCACGGUCGAGGAAUAUUCGAAAUCAUCAGCCCCGAAGCGCACGCCCUUCUCGCAGACGCGUAUUACACAAAAGAUUAUGUCGAAGCAGGGAGACAGGAGUGGGAAGAUGGACAGUGACAACACAUCUUUGGGACAAGAGCCGUCGCACACCCCACCCGGGUCGGACGAUAACGAAGACUCCAUGUCAUCCACCACGACGCUAUACCCCGAUUCCCCGGGCCGUACUUCCAAGGACGGCUCCAACCACGUUACCAUAUACCCCAAUGUCGAGAACAUCACGACCGAGACGAUCGACAAACACCUGUACACGGCCGACUGCCCACCGCUAGACAUUUUUGUGCGGACUAGUGGGGUGGAGAGAUUGAGCGACUUUAUGCUGUGGCAGUGCCACCAAGAUACCCAAAUGUUUUUCCUCAAGUGUUUCUGGCCCGAGUUUGACCUGCGGCAUUUCCUCCCUGUUUUGCUGGAAUGGCAAUGGCGGCAGAAGAAGAAGGCGAUGGAGGAGGGGCCUCGACAGCGGGUCAAGACGGCCUGAAUGGCGCCGGUUGAUACCCCAAAGUUAUGUCAAAGUGUUGAAGCGAGCAGAAAGAGUUCAGAGUCGAUUUCUCCUUCUUAGAUAUGAUAGCAGCAAGCAUACAGAAUUAUCGAGGGCCGCCCUCCUUCACAUGUUAGGGCUUGAAAGGAGGGAGGGCUGAAGAAUUUAUGACCGGUUUCACGUCUGCGUCUUUCGCACCACUGCCCGCAUAAAUAUAUCCAGAAAGUUGAAUCACGAAACCAAGCA